GCGCACGCAAAACACACAGAUAUGUGUAUUUAGGGUUCUUAAUUUAUCCUCCUCCUGCAGUUUCAAUCAAGAUGUGUGUAUGAUUUCCAAUCUCGUUUUGUUUCUGUAAAUAUUUAUCACAAGGAAAGAAUUUUGCUGCUCCUCACCUCCUCCCUCCGGAGAAAAAUAAUACUAGCAGCCUGUUACCAGUCUGACAGAGGAUCCACUAAACCUCAAUCAAUCGUCUUUUUUUUUUUUUGGCAGCUCCAGUAAUAUUCAACCUUUAAUUUAUCAUUUUUUUCCAAACGUCAUCUGAUAAUUUUUUCUCUUCCCAAUUCUUCCUACCUAAAAUCGUCGCUGAUGUGACGCGACGUGGGAUCCUAAUUCUAAUACAUAAUUGCCUAGGCAACAGAGACAAAAUAAACGAGAGUGAAAGAAGGAUGUUUGUGUGAUAGAGAGAUUCGAGAGCUCUUCCUUUUAAAGGAUCGUUAUAUUUGAAAAUUAUAAGAGAGAGGAUUCUGCUUGUACUUGUUCUCCAAUUGUUCCCUGAACAGACUUGGCAAUUUGCCGACUGACUCGUGUUUUUGCGCUUUCUUGUCUGCAUUCUAGCGCUCAAUCGGCCUGCUAUUUCUGUUCCCAUUAGUUCUUAAUACAGGCUUGCUUCCCCAUUAGUAAAUUAGUUAUUGGAUAUUUGCUUCUGACUCCUCUUCCCUUGCUCUUUGACUUGGGAGCGCUGCCACUAGUUCUGGUAACCAGAACUACUGUCAAAUUUGUUAACUGACUUUUGUGGCCAGGUGCUUUUAAGUCAACGAGACAAUGGACAGGGUGCAAAGGCUUCUGAUACAGGUUCUUCAGGAAUCCCAUGCUGGAGGAGAGUCAUUGCUUGGCACCAUUAGGAUUGCUGUUUUACCCAUAGCAAAAGUUUUUACCAUGUGCUUCAUGGGGUUUCUAAUGGCUUCCAAGUAUGUUAACAUCUUACCCGCCAAUGGAAGAAAGCUCUUAAACGGGCUUGUCUUUUCACUUUUGCUCCCGUGUCUGAUAUUCUCCCAACUUGGAGAAGCUGUCACCUUUCAGAAAAUGCUUGAAUGGUGGUUUAUCCCUUUCAACGUCAUUCUAACCACAAUAUCAGGCUCUAUUAUAGGUCUAAUUGUUGCAUGGAUUGUCCACCCACCCUAUCCAUUCUUCAAGUUUACUAUCAUACAAAUUGGAAUUGGGAAUAUCGGUAAUGUGCCACUUGUCUUAAUUGGUGCAUUGUGUCGAGACAAAUCAAACCCCUUUGGCGACUAUGAAAAGUGCUCUCAAGAUGGAAAUGCAUACAUCUCAUUUGGCCAGUGGGUUGGUGCAAUUGUUGUGUACACCUAUGUAUUCCAUAUGCUUGCACCUCCUCCUGAAGGUACAUUUGACAUUGUUGAUGAAAAUCAUCCAGUCAAGAAUCUUUCAAAAGAUAGCUUCCAGUGUCAAGUGAAGGAUAAUUCUCCUGAGCAAGUGCCCUUGCUUAAUGAGGAUGCUGUAUCAACUGACCCCAAAACCCCGAAGAAUGGAAAGAUGAAAUAUUUCCUCAAAUUUUUGUUUGAGAAAUUGAAGCUCAAGCAAAUACUUCAACCCCCAAUAAUUGCAGCAUUCAUCGCCAUCAUCAUAGGAUGUGUUCCAUUUCUGAAGAGGCUGAUCUUCACUUCUGAUGCCCCUUUAUACUUCUUUACUGACAGCUGUAUGAUACUUGGGGAAGCCAUGGUUCCAUGUAUUUUAUUGGCUUUAGGAGGCAACCUUGUCGAUGGACCAGGAAGUUCAAAACUAGGUCUACGAACAACUGCUGCCAUCAUUUUUGGACGGCUCGUUUUAGUUCCACCAGUAGGCCUUGGUAUUGUCAUGUUAGCUGAUAAAUUGGGGUUUCUUCCCCCGGAUGAUAAGAUGUUCAGAUUUGUUCUCCUCCUCCAGUAUAGUAUGCCUACAUCUGUGCUUUCAGGUGCUGUGGCCAAUUUGAGAGGGUGUGGAAGGGAGGCAGCUGCUGUCUUGUUCUGGGUUCAUAUCUUUGCUAUUUUCUCGAUGGCAGGAUGGUUCAUCCUGUAUUUCCGUAUACUCUUUUAAGGUUACUAGUACAUGAGAGCCAAAGCUACCGUGAAGGCUUUGACAGAGGCGACCGAUCUGCUGUUUAGAGAUUAUCGGAUGUACUUGGAUUCUUGAUUCUGCAAGCACCCCAUGAAUCGUGUAAGCCCAACGAGCUUUAGUUUUCGAGUUUCAGUCCAUGCAAAGUCUCUUGUAAUUAAGCAAAAUAUUCUUUUAAGUGUCGCUCGGUACUACCAUAUAAUUUCCAUUUAUUUGGUGAUAAUCCAACCUUCCACCCUCUUAUUAAGCA